CAAUCGCUCGCGUGGACCACAGAACAAGAAAAAGAACUGAAAGCUUUAAGAUACCUUAAAAAAAACAAGUUUUGUGUUUUGAUUUGCCAUCAGUUUGAUAUUUUUAUAUCAUUUCCUGUAAAUACCGCUUCAUCCACAAAUGGCAGGGAAGAAGAAAGAGGCAAGCCUGCAGGCAUCAGUUAUGAACCAAGAACAAUGGGAGGAAAUACUUACUACCAAAGGUUUGACAGUGGUGGAUGUUUACCAGCAGUGGUGCGGCCCCUGUCGAGCAGUGGUUAGUCUCCUCCGAAAGAUAAAGAACGAACUCAGUGAUGACCUACUUCAUUUUGCCACAGCUGAAGCCGACAGUAUUGAUGCCCUGGAGAAGUAUCGAGGAAAAUGUGAACCCACCUUCCUUUUCUUUGGAGGUGGGGAGUUGGUGGCUGUGCUGCGAGGGGCCAACGCUCCGAUGCUCCAGAGGAUGAUUGUGGAGGAGCUGGCCAAGGAAAAGCUGGUCAUGGAGCAAGGCAGUGGACGCAAAGUGUUGUGUUUUAAGGUGAAGGAUUUUGGUCUGUUGGAUGAAGAGAAGAGAGAGGAGGAGGAUCUUCAGCAGCCACAAAAUGAAGAAAGUAUAAUUGUUCCUGCCAGUAAAUCCUACACAGUUGCCAUCAUUAAGCCUGACGCAGUUGCUCAUGGCAAGGCAAAUGAGAUCAUUAUGAAGAUUCAAGACGCUGGGUUUGAGAUUCUUGCACACCAGGAGCGCAUGAUGACUGAAAUGGAGGCUCGAGAUUUUUACCAACAUAAAGCAGCGGAGGCUUGCUUUGAGGACUUGGUGCAGUUCAUGUCCAGCGGUCCCUCCCAUAUUCUGGUGCUUUCUCAGAUAGACAGCAUGGCCAACAUCAUACCCGCAUGGCGUGAGUUCAUUGGCCCACCAGACAUAGAGGAAGCCAGGAGAGAAAAGCCCGAAAGCUUGCGGGCACAAUACGGCACAGAGACACUGUUCAACGCAGUGCAUGGCAGUGCGGACAGCGACCAGGCCAGCAGGGAGCUCGCCUUCUUCUUCCCCAACUUUAGGACGGCCUCCGAUGCAGAGCAGGAUGGGGAGGAAGAGCGUGUGGAGAGGACGCUGGCUCUCAUCCGGCCCGACGUUGCCAGGGAGAACAGAGAUGAGAUUUUGGCCCAGAUUCACAAGUCAGGUUUCACAGUCGCCCUCCAAAAAGAGGUGAUGUUGACCGAGGAGCAGGUCAAACAAUUUUACUUCCAACAUGUGGAUAAAGACUACUUUCCUGCACUUAUGCAAAACAUGACAAGUGGGCCUGUACUGGCGUUAGCUCUGGCCAGGAAAGGAGCUGUCCAUCACUGGAAGAACAUCCUCAGUUCUCCUGACCUUCACAAAACCAAAGAAGAGGAUCCUGAGUGGGCCAAAUUUGGUGUGAAAAACGAGCUCAUCAACCAGCUUCAUGGCAGCGCAAAUCCUGAAGAGGCAAAAAGAGAGCUGAACUUUUUCUUUCCUCAACAACGGACGCUGGCAGUCAUCAAACCCGAUGCUAUGGAGGAACACCGAGAUACGAUUUUGGAAGAGAUUCAGGGGAGAGGCUUCACCGUGGCGCAGCUGAAGGAGACUGUGCUGUCAAGAGAGAUGGCUGAGGAGUUUUACAAGGAGCACAGGGAGAAGCCAUUCUUCACGCAGCUGGUGGAUUUUAUGUGUCGUGGGCCCUGCAUGAUGCUCGUCCUGACCAAGGAGAAUGCAGUGGAGGAGUGGCGGGCCAUGAUGGGCCCCAGCGAUCCAGAGAAAGCUAAAGAAAUCUCCCCACAGUCUCUGAGGGCCCGCUUUGCUGCCAACAUCCUCCACAACUCAGUUCACGGUUCCUCCAACGAGCAGCACGCAGAGGAAAAGAUCCGAUUUGUCUUUGGUGACAUCAGCGCAGACGCAGCUCCAAAUGCUGACAGCGAAACCAGCAGAACCACCUCAGCUGAAUGGCCGGGCGGUUCUGGAGAUGAAAACAAAGAAAUAUCAAGAUCUACAACUGAAGAAACCUCUAAUAUCUAGGGUCAGCAUGAGGUUUCUGUAAUCAGGGGAUUAAAUGAUCAUGUCUCAAAAGUGGUUUAGCAUGUGUAGUGGUGUAAAAAGUUGAAAUAAAAUGGGAAUCC